GGUCACACUGUGACUAUGGCGUCGUCCCACGCAGUGGUGGAAAGAAUGCCGCAGGCUGCCCCGGGGAUAAAGGACCGGCCUGCAACCUCAGGCUUCCAUUUCUCUCCAGGCAUCGAGAUGAAGUUUAAGAACAGGCUGUUUCCUCUGAUCGUGUGCCCAGCCUGGAUCCCCGAGCUGAACUCAGUGGAGCAUGGAGAGGAAGGUAUCUCCUUUGGAGCCUCCUGCCCCCUGAGCUGUGUGGAAAAGACCCUGCUGGAUGCAGUUGCCCAGCUUCCUACUUACAAAACAGAGGUGUUCAGAGGCGUCCUGGAGCAGCUGCGCUGGUUUGCUGGGAAGCAGGUCAAGUCUGUGGCCGUGAGUCUCUGUUCAGGGGCCCGUAAC